UAAUUAUUCAUCAUAUAAAAAUGGCAAUUCUAAGCAAAAAAGUUUUAAUCUGCGCCAUAUCAAUUAUUUGGUAUAUAGCAGCGGUCUCUGGGUGUAUGCUCGAUAUAUUUAAACCCGUGGUAUCACCAGACAUAAUUAUGCACAGCGGAACCUAUGGUACUAACGGCAUAUACCGAAUGUUUCACUCAUACGUAUCCAUGAUAACUAAUGUCUAUUAUAAUGGCAACCUGCUUAAAAAUAUUAGACUAAUGGAUUGCGAACCAAGAGAUGUAUUCGUACAAACAUUCCAAAAUAGUAGCAUCUGUCUAAUAGUAAUUACCAUCAUGCUAAUAGGGAACAACGAUCAAGCAGUGCAGAACUAUUUUAUAACGGACGGUAGUGGUCACCGUAAAGCAAGUAAUCGACUAAGGUCUAUGCACAUAGGUAGUAAAGUCUUCCUCAAUGUCGAUGUGGUUUCGGAUCAAUUGCACCCAUUUGUUGUUAGAGAAAAAAUCAAUGAUACUACUAACAUCUUCUCGUGGAGCAUUAAUGCCGGAAAAUUGACAGAAGAUGGAAUCCCAAUCCACUUGUUGAAGGGGAAAUCAGAGGAUUAUUACAUAUCACCGAUCACAAAUGUAUGCUAUGACCCAUUAGAUAGAAGCGGGAAAAUGACAUUUAUAAUUUCCCAUUGCACAAACGUGCUCUAUGAACCAGGUGGAGAGUCGUUGUGGCUAACUAUAUCUUAUGGUAUACAAAGUAAAGCACUGUCUAUGACGAUACCACCCGUGAUAGACGGUAUAUUUAGACCGGAUUAUAUCUUUAGUACGUCAUUGUAUUUCCAAUUGCUCUGGGAACUAUCCGAUAUAAGCAACGAUAUUACAAUCGACAUAGAUAUAUCUAAUAUAGACAACGUAACACCAGAUGUAGUCAUAUUGGCCAACCUAAAGAGAGGGCUAUGGCUAUAUACACAAUACGCUGUUGCACCAAUUAGGCACCAUACUUAUACCACUGUAAAACAGGUGACUGCAGGAGUUCAAACAUUAUAUGUGACACAAGAUAAUGAGUACGUUACCCAUGUCGAGAUAUUUGACCACGUAAAACAUGGAUGGAGAUAUGUACUAGUACAUAUCAGAAAUGUAAAGCCUUUACACGAAAAAGAAAAUAGAAAUUAUACUGAACAUAAAAAAUUAUACUUGCGCUAUCCAAACAGAGAAAUUGUAGCAUACAAGGAUAUCAACGACAUCUGGUUGGAAGAAUACAUGGAUAUGCUCUAUAACAUAGACACUAGAAUAACUACUUGCGAGACCAUCGAUAGUGACGAGAUAAUAGAUAUCGCCACGAACCAACAGCAGCUUAUAGAGCCAUAAGCACUGCGAUAUAGAUAUUCAUAUAGUAAC